UUGGGUUAUUUGGUUGUUUUGUUUACUGAUGAACUGGGGGGAAAUGGAGGAUGCGGAAAAAGACCUCAAGGCUUUUUCUCUUAAAUGUGGAGCCGCUGACCCCUGACUGAACCAAAGGCAUAUGAGUCAUGCUAUGGCACAAUUUGGUCAAUUUGUGUCACUCUCACCGAGGAAGAGCCGAGCAGCGGCGUGGUCUGUCUGUCCGUGUUCAUGUCUGCCGUGUGUCUUCUCCACGGGAGCCAGGAAACGGGCCCAGUAAUGAAGAACAUACAGGAGCAAAUGAUCACAAUAGAAAAAAAAUGUGUUUAAAAUAAGUAGGUUUAGUUGUCUAGCAGUAAAUAACACUAGAGAGAACAUGCUUUUUUAAAUUAGGAUUACUACAGAGCUUCACUGAGGAUAACUAAGUAAGAGCAUCUUUGCUCUGCCAUCUUCAUCAUCAUCAUCACCACUGUAAUCUCCAUGACAGGGGUGCCCCAGGGAAGGUUAAAUCACGAAAGUGCUGACUGAUUUGAGGGCACUCAUAUUGAUGUCAGUGAUGCACAAUCUAAUGACAACCUAAUGACCUAACGGCAUUUUAUAUUUAGAUGUGACAUCUAGUCUGUGUAAUUUUUCAAUAAUUUGAAGUAUUACAGCCUUUUAUUUAACAAAAAGCAUUCCAAGAAGAGCCUUAUCCAUCACUUCAGUAGAUCAAACCUCUUCAGUUCAGGUCAGGAAGAAAAUACACGCGUUUUCGUCCGCGCCUAAUUGGUGACAUCACGGUGACAGCCCAGCCAGCGCAAUAGAUGGAGCAGUCGAGCCCUAUAUAUAGGAAUACCCCUUCAGUCAUUCAACGUGGAGCACAGAGUGCGCUUCGGAGGCUGUCGUACGAAUGUCAGUGGGAAGACAAUGCUCGAGCUCUGCGAUCCGUAGAACAGGACGUUUCCCACACAGCGCAAUGAACGAGCGCCGCGCCUAAGUCACAUUAUAAAACUGUUCAUCAGAAGCGCAGUGCAGGAGACAAGCAAGUCACAACAAAAGGACAUCACACACAAAAAAACAACACGUUCUGUAGUUAUAAUUUGAUACAGCUUUGGAGAAAACAGGGAAGCAAAGAAAUUCAUUGGACUACAAGUGUGGAGACUACAUUCAUCAUGAAGAAAAGCAAUGGGACGAAAAGGGGUCUCCAAGAUGCCAACCAGCUGUCGUCGCAACCGGAUAAAGUAGGCUGGAUUCGCAAGUUCUGUGGCAGAGGGAUUUUCAGAGAAAUAUGGAAAAACCGCUUUGUGAUGCUAAAAGGAGACCAUUUGUAUAUAUUUGAAAAGGAGAUGAAGGAUGAUGGUAAAACCCACGAGGUGUUCGACCUGGCAGAGUACGAGCGCUCGGAGGAGCUGAGGAAGGCCAAGAGCCGCAGCAAGAAGAACCACAGCAAGUUCACGCUCCUGAGGUGCCGGCAGCCUGGGAACCGGACUCCCAAUCUGGUGUUUUUGGCUGUAAGUCCAGAGGAGAAAGAGUCAUGGAUCAACGUUCUGAAUACAGCCAUCGUCAGAGCCAAAAAUCGUAUCUUGGAUGAGGUCACUAUUGAGGAGGAGAGCCUCCUGGCUCACCCGACACGUGACCGUGCCAAGAUUCCUCCGGGACGCCGGCUGCCCACUCGCGGGCAUCUCAUGACUGUGGCAUCUACUUCGUCUGAUGGCAUGCUGACCCUCGAUCUGGUCGAUGAGGAGGACGUCAGUUCUCCGGAGGACGAGGGAGCCGUCUGGGUCAAAGACUUCCGGGUCGACCUGGACAAGCUGGCCCCGGGGCGCCCGCGGUCGGGCACGGACGUCUCCAAAUUCCGUGUCGCCCCUGCCGAGGGCCGGGUGAAGACAGGGAGCCUCCCGCGGGGGAGCGAGAUGUCCUGGAGUCGGCCGCCGCCACACGUGGAGGGACAGACCCAGACCCAGGUCCACACGCCGGCCCACGCCCGCACCCCCCAGCCGGGGAAGAGGGCCCUCUUCCAGGCCCGGAGUCGCUGCGCCUCCAUGGACGACGCGCUGUCCCGCGGUGGGGACCGGAGGGGGGGCCGGAGGGACGUCAGCAGCCGUGGGGGGGCCGCCCUCGCCCACAGUCCCACAGGGCACCUGCAGGACCUCAUCGCCCAGAGGCUGCAGCGCACCCAGGAGCUGCUCGCCGAAAUCCAGGAGCAGGACCUGCCACCCCGGCCCAGGGAAAAUUCGGCUCACGGGAGGGGCAUGGAUUCACCCCGCAUGAGGCGCCUGAGGGGAAACGACUCACCCCACUCAAAGGGGUCUGGGUCACCCCACAGCAAGAGCUCAGACUCCCCCUGCCUGAAGGGGAAGGAUUCGCCCCGUUCGAAGGCAAAGGACUCGCCUCGGGUCAAAGGCUCAAAGGCGUCCCAUUCCAAGAGUGUGAACUCGUCGCGGGGCAAGGUCACGGACUCGCCCGACUCGAGGGCCCCCAACUCACCGCAUCUUAGGAACUUAGACUUUACUCACCUGAAGGAGUCGGACUCGCCCCUCUCCACCGGCUCGAACUCGCCCCACUCCAAGGGGGGUGGCUCACCCCAUCUGAAGAGGGCAGAGAUCCUGAGGGCGGCCAGCUCGCCGCUCCUCCUCCGAGGGGUCAGGGACUCGCCCUUGCGGGAGGGCGUUGUUGUGGGGGGGUCAGAAUGGGAGGUGCGGCGGGCGGCAGCGGAGCGCCUCCUACAGGAGGCCAUCACCUCGUGGCGCGAGGCGAAAGAGGUGCUGCAGGAGGUGAAGCAGCUGCAGGAGCGACAGCGCAAGGCGGAGCCCGCCGCCGCGGCAACGGCAGCAUCAGCAUCAACAACGCCAAAAAAGCAGGCCACGCCUUCCCACGACAGCAAGCCCAAAGAGCCCUGACGUGCUCUCAUCAGCACGAGAAAUGCAUGCUGGGACAGCUAGCCCUCCCACCACUUUCCCUCUAAGAAUGCCAAACAAGUGGGAGGAGAAGAAUUUCAAGCACACGUUGUUGAUGAUGGGUUCUUAUCACAUUUUAUUCAGCACUCCUUUUUAAUAAUGUGGUGUUGCCACUACUUGCUAUUCUGAUGUUACUAUGGUUACUAUGGGCUAUCUUUCUAUGAUUCUGCAUCCCUGGAUCUUUGCACUGAAGUUGACUGGAACGGUGCUGAGCAUAUAGGAGAGAUGGUUCUGGAACCUCAUCUUCUACAGGGUUGCAUUGUGGUUGUGGAUUGUUAUACUGACAACGUAUUGAGUGCGAACUGCUCACUGUCCCACUUUCUGCUACAGGGCCUGCAGGAAAAUCUGUUUCGGGUGAGAGUGUGUGUGAAUGUUGUUUCCCAGUGCCCUGCAGUCCCCUCCGUUUGGUGUGUGAGUGUGUGUGUGUGUGUGUAUGAGAGAAUGUGUGUGUGUGUGUGUGUGUGUGUGUGUGUGUGUGUGUGUGUGUGUGUGUGUGUGUGUGUGUGUGUGUGUGUGUGUGUGUGUAUGUUUUUAAGUUUGUACAAGUGUGACUGUGGUAGUUUGUGUAUGUGGAGAAGCAAAUGAAGGAGCGUGUGUGUGUGUGUGCAUGUGCGUGUGCGUAUGUAUGUGUC